CAAAACCCAUUUUUCUUCCCUAUCCGAUUCCAACAACCUAAUCCAGUUUCCAUCACGCUUUUUUUCCCGAUCCACCAUUUUUCUAACUUUAUCCUUUAUUUUUAUUUUUAGUACAUUUUUCUAUGGGUUAAAGUUUAUGUUAUGUUGUUAUGAUUUUAAUGUCAUAGGUUUUUGUUUUGUGUUGGGGUUUUUUGAUUUGAAAAUCGAUUUUUCUUUGGAUUCAACGUUGUUUGGUUUUGUUGGGUGUCAAACUAUUUGGAGGGUUUCGAAGAGCAUUUCAUAAUGCCUUCGGUGCCUAUUCAACUUCUUCUUCUUAACCAUUUGGUUCCUUUUUUCAACAAUUUUCAUAAUGGAUCUUCUUCUCAUCGUUUGAAACCUCUUGAAAAAAGUGAUAGACGUGGUAAUCUUAGUUAACAUCAACAUUUUCCUUUUUUGUUUUUCUGUUUUGGGUUCAUAUUUUUCAUCCUAGUAGUUGUUAUUGUUAUUGUUGUUUCUGCUCUAAACGUUGUACAAGUUGAUCGUUUGAAGAAUCGGGGAUCUAGUGAUUUUCUUGGUUUGAGAUUGUUGCAGCUUUAAACUUCGUCUUUAAGAUUAGUGAUAGUUCCUAAUAGUCUGAUAUACUCUAUGGAAGUGUGCUCUUCUGUUAAUGACAUGCACGAGAACUGCAUAAGUAAUCUCGAAAGCACUUUUAGCGAGUCAUUGCAUAUACAAGAUACUGAGAAAUCUGAGCAUUUGUCUGAGGGGGAUGCGAUGUGCAAUGUAGGCAAGGAAAACUUAAGUGGGGUUAAUAAACAGAAAAAAUCAAAACCUAACAAGGUGUGUUUGAAUAAAUCUGCAACCUUUCCAACUCCUCAUGUGAUGUUGCCUUCAAGCUCUUCUGACGAGGAUGCUGAUUCAUCCGUUACAGAAUCACUUAAUGAGCAUUCUGCUCAUCAAGCUUACUCUCGUUCGAUAUCUCUGCCUGCUCCUUCAGAGCUUAAAUCCGCCUUGAAAGGUAGCCGUGAUAAAAACGGUGAACCACAUGGGAAAUUGACAGUGAAAUGGGCUGCUGAUGUGUAUGAUCCUGUACCUACACUAGUGUCGCACACUGUAAAAAACAAGAAACAGCCGAAAUCCAGGAAAAAGAAGAAUGAAAAGAAAAAUGCAAAGAAAGGUAACAAGGGAAAUUCAACCCGAGGAGGCAAUGGGAAAGAUAAGAAGCAGUCUCGCAAUGUUUGUGGGCAAUCUGAUCUGUGCAGUAAGUCGUGGGAUUCUCAAGUUAUUGAAGGUUCCUCUGAAUUUGACUCUCUUGAUGUUUGUAGCCAAGAUUCAAACUGCGGAAGUAGUUUCUUGAAAAAAUCUGUUACAGAAGUGCAUUACUCGGUUGCGGAAGCACAAUGAGUAAAAAAGCUUGAAUGCUUUGGCCUAUUUCAUGUGCAUAAAUAAAAUUUUGUCUUCUUGUUAGCUUGUAUAUAUAGUGAAAAGCUUGGGAUUGUAUGGUGUGAGAUUUCUGAACCUUUCACAGGCAGAUUGAAGCUGUUUUCUUCAUAUCAACUUGAUGUUCAGCAACACAUUUUUGUUUGUAAUGUGGAACAAGCUUUUUGUUGCGAGUCUUUUGUAGUUUUUAUGCUUUUAUGGCUUAUGUAUUAUAAAGGAAAUUUGGAGAUAAACGUUUUUGUUGACA